GAGCAAUACAAACGCAGGGUAAUUGAGUUUGCCGCAACGACGGCGUUCCUGUAAUAUGGCGCCAUUUGUUGAAAAAAAUAGCGAAUAAGGAGUUCAGCUGGCUACGCAAAGGAUCGGGAUGUGGAGAACGACGUCCCACUUCCAAAGUUUCACCUUAGUGUACAACGAUCCGUCCGGAAGUUAAGAGGUCGUUGCCUUACCGUGUACCCCAUUGUAUUUCGGCAAUCUGACGAACAGUGUUUUGGUUAUAAAAAAAAAAAAAUCACGUGGAAAACCAUUUGGCCAUAUACGACCUAUAACAUAACGAAAGGACCGAAAACAUGGAAAGUAACUGAAGAAACAGAAACUUGGUGUUGUUGAUGAAUAAUGUAAACUCUAGAAGGUUAUCACCAUAAGAAGGAACGUUUAUUAAUUGCAUCAAGAUGAAUUUCGGCUCGCACUUGAGGACGUGGAGGGGUUGUGAAAGAAGUCGUCCAGUGGUCCUUCUCAGUAUCGUUUUCUACACCGGAGUCAUUUGCCUUUUCGCAAAGCACAACUUCCGACAAGCUGAAGAAACUGCCACAUUAGACGAUGCUGGACAAGAAAUCGAAGUUGCUGGUGGUCGAGAGCGAACCGACGCAAAUAUGAUUGGUGCAAGCCAGAAGAGAACGGAGCAGGAAAUCGUCUUUUUCCUUAUAUUGUGUGAAGGGGAAGCCGGUGACGGACAAGGUGGGAAACUUGCAGCUGAUAUUUCCAGACAACUGAGACAAGCCGCUGUCAUGCUCAAAUCUGCUGUAGCCCUCGCUACGAAAAAGCUUAGGUUCCUAGUCAUAGCCGACUCGAAGAAAUUAUACCAUAAAUUUGCUGAGAUUCCGUCGCAUUGGCCAGAGGAAUACCAGCGGAAGAUCACGAUGGAAUACCGCUACGUCUGGUACCCUCCCAACAGAGUGGACAUGCGUAACAUGUUCCGCGUCUGCGCAACCGAGAGGCUCUUCCUUCCCGAGAUGUUCCCCGAGUUGGACGCCGCCAUUUAUAUCGACACCGAUCUCAUCUUCAUGAGGCCGCCGGAUGAUCUUUGGAAUGAAUUCGACAGAUUCAACGACAGGCAAGUCGCAGCGAUGGCGCCUUGCUUAUACCACUAUGGCUCCAAGAGGAAUAAGGUUCCAUUUUAUGGUACUUCUGGACUUAAUGCAGGCAUUAUGCACUUGAACCUGACAAGACUGAGCACUUUCCCAGAUGGUGGCUGGAUUCCAGCGAACAUGAAAGUGUUUGAACAGUAUAAGAAGAUAAUAAAGCUUGCAGAUCAAGACAUUUUGAACAUACUCUUUCACAAGCAUCCUGAUCUACUUUUCGAGCUUGGGUGUCAGUGGAACUAUAGACUGUGGCAGUGUUCUCAAGGCACUAACAUGUGUCCUCAUGCCGCUAAAGAAGGUGCCUCUGCACUUCAUGGUAAUGCUAUGGCAUUUGUCAGUGGCCAGGAAAUGAAAUUGCAGGUUGUAUUUGAAGCAUGGGAGAACCAUUUGCUUGGAUCACCAUUGGAUGACCUAUUGUCUACUAUAAAAAAAAAUCUAGCAUUAGUUUCUGAAAUGGCGAAACCUUCAAAAUGUGCCCGGAUUCCUGAAAUUGAUGCUAUCCUUACAAGAGAGUUGUCCAAACAUGUUUCAGUAUUAUGAUUUUGAUAUUAACUCAAAACCAAGUUUGGUUUGAUGAACAUAACCCGGCGGCAGAGAAAACAAAAUAAGGAUGGUGUCGAGGGAGUUUGGUGGGUUGAGCGCUCCAUGCCAGAACUCUACUACACAUUGUUCUCAUCUCACCUUUACAGUCACGAAGCAACACCCAC